AUGGGGACACAAGAAAUACACUUGUUAAAACUAAUAAAAGUAGAAAGAGGAAGGGAAUUGAAUGCGCGGGUCGUGUCGUGGGGUUCCAAGGUGACUAAUGGUCGCAACUUUGAAGAACUUCCAGAGGAUCCAUCUAAUUCACUUUUUCCACCACCGCGAAUAAUCGAUACCAAACUCCAUUCGACAGAUGAGCCGCCACAAAGGCAAACCACUGUCAGCGUGGUUGUCGAUGACAGCAUCGAUUUCAUAACGGCUGGCAUUGAAGCCAUAAUUGAGGAUCAGGUGACUAGUCGGUUCCGCGCAGAGCAGAUCCCGUCAUGGAACCUUCUCACAAGAACAAGGUUCUCCUUUCAGCAUAUAAGCUGGAAACUCUCGCUGUUAUGGAUAGGCGGCUUUCUUUUUCGAUAUUGCAUUCUUGUUCCAAUCCGCGUAUUCUUAUUUAUUCUGGGAAUGUCAACCAUGUGUGGUGUGUGUUACUUAGUGGGUCAUAUUCCCAACGUAAAAGUCAAGAAGUUUCUCAACCGUCACGUGAUGCUCGUGUCUAUGCGGAUAUUCUCUCGUUCAUUCUCGAGCAUUAUCCGAUUUCAUGAUAGGCACAAAGAGUUUCCCUUUUUAAGAGAAAACCGAGCUAAAAAAGGAGGUAUUUGCGUCGCAAAUCAUACUUCGCCAAUCGACGUGAUGGUAUUGAGUUGUGAUAAUUGUUAUGCUAUGAUUGGUCAAAAACAAGGAGGCUUUCUUGGUUUCAUACAAGAUUCGUUGAGUCGUGCUGAGCACCAUAUCUGGUUCGAAAGGAGCGAAGCAGCUGAUAGGAAAAAAGUUACUCAAAGGCUAAGAGAACAUGUGGAAGAUGAAAACAAACUGCCAAUCAUUAUUUUCCCUGAGGGAACUUGCAUCAAUAAUACUUCUGUGAUGAUGUUCAAAAAAGGGUCUUUUGAGAUUGGUAGCACAAUCUAUCCAAUAGCUAUGAAGUACGACAGUCGAUUGACUGAUGCUUUCUGGAACAGCAGCGAGCAGUCUUACGGAGAGUAUCUGUGGAGAAUGAUGACAUCAUGGGCAAUUAUCUGCGACGUGUGGUACCUACCACCAAUGACGAGAGAGCCAGGUGAGGAUGCCAUAGCAUUUGCGCGAAGGGUCAAAAAAGCCAUCGCAAAAAAAGGUGGCCUUGUGGAUCUGGAAUGGGACGGAGCGUUGAAAAGGGAGCGA